UUAAUAUCCACACCUUAAGAUUAUUUGUAUUAGUCAUAUUACCUUCCCCUGUAAUAUUAGUGAAUGACGGAACCACCAACUCACAUGGAUACAGGUUGUAAAAUUAUUUUAUUUUUAAUGCUUGUAAAUAUUACACAAAGCUUCCUUUAAGAUAUUAUAUAGAAAAUCAACAACUUAUUUACGUUUAAUUUAAAUCUACUAGAUCAUGAAUCCGCUGGAUGCAAUUUGUGACAAAAAGAGGAAUGAUGCUGUGUGUGUGAGUAAUCUGAAGUCGGCGAAACCAGUGGAUAAAGCACUCUUGCAAGAAAGACCUGAUGUUAAAAUAUUCCUCCCAUUCCGUUUCCAUUUCUAUAAACCGAAAGAUCUUUUCAAGGAGAAUACAUACAGGAAUUUCUUAGUGGCUCCUGGUGGUGAUCACGUAAUCAGUUUAGUUGACGAGAUAUCGUACAGGGCACCGCCCGCGCCUCCGCUCUCACAAAUGCACGAGUUGUCACCAGAACUGUUCUGCAAUGGUGACAACCGACCCGCCAACUGCGCUGUUGACUGUCGCUGCACGCAUAUGAUUGACGUGCCACUUAAUUCUAUCGUGGAGAUUGUACUUGUCGAUGAAGUGCAAUCGCCGAAUCUGUCACAUCCCUUCCAUCUCCACGGAGCAUCAUACAACGUCAUUGGUAUGGGACGUUCCCCAGAUAAGAAUAUCAAGAAAAUCAAUCUAAAACAUGCCCUAGAUCUUGACAGAAAAGGAUUAUUGCAUAGACAAUACAAUUUACCACCGUACAAAGAUACGUUAGCAGUACCUAACAACGGAUACGUUGUUUUAAGGCUAAAGGCUGAUAACCCAGGUUAUUGGUUGUUGCACUGCCACUUUAUCUACCAUAUAGUGAUUGGCAUGAAUCUCAUACUGCACAUAGGGACGCAACGAGACCUACCACCUGUCCCGCCAAAUUUCCCGCGAUGUGGGCACCAUUUGCCUGCGAUAACACCAAGCUUCCCCUUGAUUCAUCAUUGACCAACGAGAGGUUGAUGGGUUCAGUUGAUCUCUCGACUUAAUGCCGAAACAUUUCCACUA